UCGAUCUCGUACGUCUCGACCCGACUAGUAGCUGAGGUGACGGCCGGGGAGCUAGCUAGCUACCUAGCUGCUCAUCUCAGUUCAGUCGUACGUCGUCUGAGUCGAGCAGAGUCUGUUGGUCAGUCGGUCGUGGUCCUCAUGGAGGCGCCGCUGCUGGUGAAGAGGCCGUCCGUGGUCGCGGAGGAGGACGCGGCGGCGCCGAGGAGCUACGCGGAGGCGCGGCAGGCGUUUGUGCGGGAGGCGGAGCGGCUGUGGGUCAUCGCGGCCCCCAUCACCUUCAACAUCCUCUGCCUCUACGGCGUCAACUCCGCCACGCAGCUCUUCGCCGGCCGCCUCGGCAACCUGCAGCUCUCCGCCGCCGCCGUCGGCCUCUCCGUCGUCUCCAACUUCUCCUUCGGCUUCCUCCUCGGCAUGGGCAGCGCGCUGGAGACGCUCUGCGGGCAGGCGUACGGGGCCGGCCAGCUGGGCGCGCUCGGCGUGUACAUGCAGCGGUCGUGGAUCAUCCUCGCCGUCUCGGCCGUCCUGCUCUCCCCGCUCUACGUCUUCGCCACGCCCAUCCUGCGCGCGCUCGGCCAGGACGACGCCAUCGCCGACGCCGCGGGCGACUUCACGCUCCGCAUCCUCCCGCAGAUGUUCUCCCUCGCGCUCACCUUCCCCACGCAGAAGUUCCUGCAGGCGCAGAGCAAGGUGAUGGUGCUGGCCUGGAUCAGCCUCGCCGCGCUCGCCGCGCACGUCGCCAUGCUGUACCUCUUCGUGUCGCGCCUCGGGUGGGGGCUCGCCGGCGCCGCCGCGGCCUACGACGUCACCUCGUGGGGCAUCGCCGUGGCGCAGGUGGUGUACGUGGUGCGAUGGUGCGGGGACGGCGGCGGGUGGGACGGCCUGUCGUGGAAGGCGUUCGAGGGGCUGUGGGCGUUCGCCAAGCUCUCGCUGGCCUCCGCCGUGAUGCUCUGCCUGGAGGUCUGGUACAUGAUGGUGCUCGUGGUCCUCACGGGCCACCUCGACGACGCGGAGAUCGCCGUGGGCUCCGUGUCCAUCUGCAUGAACCUCAACGGGUGGGAGGCGAUGCUGUUCAUCGGGCUGAACGCGGCCAUCAGCGUGCGCGUGUCCAACGAGCUGGGCUCCGGCCGUCCGCGGGCGGCGAAGCACGCCGUGGCGUCGGUCAUCGCCCAGUCCCUGCUCAUCGGCCUGCUCGCCAUGGCGCUCAUCCUGGCCUACCGCAACAGCUUCGCGGCGCUCUUCACGGGCGACCGGGCCAUGCAGGUCGCCGUGGGGAAGGUGGCCUACCUGCUGGCGGUCACCAUGGUGCUCAACAGCGUGCAGCCGGUGAUCUCCGGGGUGGCCAUCGGCGGCGGGUGGCAGGCGCUGGUGGCGUACAUCAACCUGGGCUGUUACUACGCCUUCGGGUUGCCCCUGGGGUUCUGCCUCGGCUACCUCCUCCGGCUCGGGCCCCAGGGCAUCUGGGCGGGGAUGCUGUGCGGGACGGCGCUGCAGACGGCGGUCCUGCUCGCCGUGAUCUGGAACACGGACUGGGAGGACGAGGCGGCGCAGGCGAACGAACGGAUCAGCGCGUGGGCCGGCGAGAGCAAGCAGCUGGUUCAGGGGGACGCCGGCGCCGGCGACGACGGUGACCUCAAGGAAGCGUUCCGAGUGUGAACCGUCGGUGUGCGCAGAUCGUCAAAGGACUGACAGCCAUUGAUUCUGGUGCGGAAUUCAUAGAGUGCGACGAACUCUCGGUCGAUCCCCGGAUGGGAAAGAAUAUAGCGCCAUGAACAAAACUAGAUGGAGCUUUGUGUGUUUACCCCUCCAAUAAUACUAGCAUUGCUCUUACCCCUCUGAGUGGAGAAUUGCAGAAAAUGAUUAACAGAGGAAAUAGGGUGAUUCAUGGCUCUGUUUAGAUAAGGUAUGUAAUCGGAAAUCAUAUGGCAUGCAUGCAUGGAUUAAAUCUUGCACUUUGCAACUCAA